GCAGGAGACCCGGUUGGUGGAUUGGGCUCCACCGCAGCAUGAUGGGAAAAUCCUUGUAGCAUCCGGCAUGGAGGUUCGGAUGAUGCCCGACGCCGAGAAGCGUCUUUGCUGGGGGAGCCGUCGCUCCCGCCGCUCCGAGCCACGGCAAGGAGAUUGAGCCGGCGGCCUUUUCCGUGCAGGGCUUAGCGAUGGUGUCCCAGGCGGUGCAGCUGCUCCGGCAGGGAGUCUGGGCAGCGUUGACCGGAGGCUGGUACCACGAUCCGGAGCAAAGCAAAUUCACCAACAGCUGCCAUCUCUACCUCUGGCUGUUCUUGUUGCUGCUGCCUAUGGCGCUGUACUUGGCAUGUCCCCCCACUGCCAUCACAGCUGUUAUCUACUGUGGUUCUGUGACCUUAUUAUUCAUGAUAAUAAAGGUGAUCUCUUAUCGCCUCCACCUGAUGUUUGACAAAGGAGAGAUGAUUCAACAAAAGCUCCCUUGUAAGGAAGGGAAACAAAAUAAAAAGUAUAAAAGAGACAAUGCAAUUCAGCAUAAAAAUCUCAGCAAUAACAUAGGCGACAAUGGUGCAGUUGAAGAGACUAAGCAUAAUGGUUCAACACCAACCAUCCACAAUAGCAUCAAAGGGCAGGCUAUGCUCUCUCAUUACCCUUCAGGAAGCCUGAACCUGCCAGCUCAAGAAACCAUUGAAGAUCUGAAAGGAGUACUGGUUUCAGAAGAACAACCUGUCCCAUCAGUAUUGUUGACCUCACCCUGCAUCAAAGCUGAUAUUUUACCUGCUUCUGUGACAUGUAUGUCAAAUUCCACCACACCAGUAAUAGUGGACAAGCCAAAUGCAGUGGAGAUUGUUAUCAAUGGUGGAUCAAAUGAAAAAGAAGAGAAGGCACAACCUUCUAACUAUACUGGAGAAGAGGAUGCUCCGCUGGAUAAAGAUGUGGUUGUUAAAAAAUUGCCAAAUCUUUCCUUAUCCCAGUGUGAUAUUUUAAAAACAGGCAUUUCUUUUGAGUCUUGGAACAUGGACAGUCCUGUCCUCUUUUUAGAGGAUUUAAAUGACCCUACGUGUUUAAGGAAAGAGAAUGUAUUGGAUGGGUCAGCUCAAGACAGCACAAGAACUGGUUUUCCUCAGUGCAAUACUGUGGAGACUAAGAGAUUUGCAGAAAGCUCUCCCUAUAUAGAUGACUCAAAAGCACAGUUUGAUGACUCAGAAAGUGAGAUAGCUGUUGCAAUUGUGGACAGUUCUCAUUCUGGGGAUCCAUUCACAUUACAUGAACCCAUUAAAAUAGUUAUCACCAUGAGUAGCACCCAUAACUCAGCUACUGAUUUAGAGAGCUUGCAUCACAUGAAACGGUCAAGCGCUGAGAAAUCUGGUUCAGAUCCAGAAUCUGCUGUGGCAGAGACAGUUCAAGACAGUAAACAAAGCAACAAUCAAAUGAUAAUCCCUGUCAUUACUUUUGAUCUAUCGGAAGACAAUGGAGGCCAUGCUUUCCAAGAAGUAAGUGAAAGUUUGAGAACCCCAGAGAAUUUAAAUGUAAAUGCGUCAUCUAAUCAGUGUUCUGGCUAUGAAUCUGGUGAACAAGACAAUAUUGGAAAGGAAAACAGUGACAAUCCAUCAAACAGUCGUGAAGGGAUGAUGUGUCCUGAAAAUGCUUCUGAAAUUCUAGAAGACCCAGAAGAAGGCCAGUGGAACUUGGAGGUGCCCUUAUAUAAAACAACUUAUGAAAAGAGACAUGCUCGUGUUCUUAGUGUGGAUAGUGGGACAGAUGUGCUUUUAAGUAAGAACUCGUUGGAGACAGUUAGUGGAAAAGAAAAACUUUUGCCCACCUCAAAGUCGGACCUGGAAGCUAAAGAAGGGCAGAUACCAAAUGAAUCAAAUUUCUUAGAAUUUGUUUCACUGCUGGAAUCCAUCAACACUUCAAAGCCAACAGCACCAGAUUUAAAAGCAGAGCCUACCAAAGAUAAAGGACUAGCUGGAGAUGGCUUUCUAAGAGAGAAAAAAGAGGGUGCAUUGACAACAGGAAAGAAUUGUGCAGAAAAAGAAAAUCAUGGUUCCUGUAAACAGGAGAAAACUGAGAUGGAAACUCAGGAUUGUACUAAUGUUAAUCCAGUGAUCCCAGAAUCAAUAAAGUUCACUGCCCAUUAUCAGAGCACCAGACAACGACAGAUCAUUUAUCGGGUAACUUCACAGCCAGACAGUUCCCUUUUGCAAGUCAUAAGUGGGCCUGAAACAUCGGUGCAAGAAGAGAUGUCCGUGGAUGCAAUGCACAUCUAUUCCUUCAUAGAUGGAAAUGGAGAAAUGAAGUCCUUGUACUUAAGGAGUCAAGCAGAAGGAAAUAUUGAAAAUUCACCCAUCUAUGAUUGCAUCUCCAAUGCUCAUGAAAUCCAUUUCAGCUCCUCUAGUACAACUACCUCAGAGAUCCAAGAAGCAUCUAUUGGAGAUCAUGGACGAAGGGCACGGCAACAACAGUUCUUACUGAUGCUGGCACGGGGAGCUCUUUCUGAAACCCACCGGCAUUUUAGCGAAGACCUUGAGGAUUCUUCAUGCUCAUCAGCUCAAAGAAAAAUUAAUACACAGUUUUACAAAUUUAUUGUAUUUCCUGGCAAAUGGAUAAAAAUCUGGUACGAUCGACUCACCUUGCUGGCAUUGCUGGACAGGACAGAAAAUGUCAAGGAGAAUGUUUUGGCAGUUCUUCUAGUAAUCCUUGUUUCUUUUCUUGGCUUUGUAAUCAUGAACCAAGGUUUUUGUAAAGACAUUUGGGUGCUCCUGUUCUGUCUUAUCAUGGCAAGCUGUCAAUACUCUCUUCUAAAGAGUGUUCAGCCUGACCCUGCCUCACCUAUACAUGGCCACAACCAGGUGAUAAUAUACAGCCGGCCUAUAUAUUUUAGCAUAUUGUGUGGCCUUAUUCUAUUACUAGAUGCAGGAUCUAAAACCAGAAAUCCCUUCAUCUAUACGGUUUAUGACCUGAAGAUCUCACCUGAAUCAUUUCAGGUGAUCAGGGACCAUGUAAUAGGAUUUUUAUACUGCUUUCCUGUGAUUUCUCUUCUUGGUCUUUUCCCACAAAUCAACACAUUCUGUAUAUAUAUCCUUGAACAGAUAGAUAUACUGGUAUUUGGUGGUUCUGCUGUUGCUGGAAUGUACUCUUCACUCUACAGUAUUUCUCGAAGCUUUAUUGCUGUAAUUGUCCUGUACACAUUCUGCUUCAAUGCAGUUAAGGAACCAUGGGAUGCUCAACAUAUUCCCGCACUGUUCUCUGCCUUUUGUGGGCUUUUAGUGGCACUUUCUUAUCAUUUGAGCAGGCAGAGCAGUGAUCCAUCUGUCUUAGUGUCUCUUAUUCAUUGUAAAUAUUUUCCGCACCUUGUAAAGCAGCAUUUUGAAGAGCCACGAGUUGAUCCACUUCCUGAGAAAAUGAGAGAAUCCGUGAGAGAAACCCUGAGAUCAGAUCUCAUUGUGUGCUCUGUGGCUGCUGUGUUAUCCUUUGCAGUCAGUGCCAGUACCGUUUUCUUGUCAUUAGGGGUUACUGCUGCUCACUUAAUGUGGUUUGAGAGACUGUAUGUGUGGCUUCAGUGUUUUGAAAAGUACAUCUUGUAUCCUGCAAUAAUACUGAACUCCCUCACCAAUGAUGCUUUUCUAAUCAGCAAAAACAAGAGGAUAACCUCACACUGUGAUAUCUUUCUAAUUACAAUUGCGGGAAUGAAGCUACUGCGGUGUUCAUUUUGCAAUCCCAUUCACCAGUUUGUUACAUUAAGCUUCACGUUCAUCUUCUUCAAGUUUGAUUGCAAAGGUUUCUCCGACAACUUCUUAUUCAAUUUCUUCAUUAUGUCAAUUGUAUUUAAUAAGCUGUGGGAUCUACUACAGAAAUUACAGUUCAUAAUGACUUAUAUUGCUCCUUGGCAAAUUGCCUGGGGCUCAUCUUUCCAUGUGUUUGCUCAGCUCUUUGCAAUACCUCACUCUGCAAUGCUUUUCUGUCAGACUCUGGCCACUGCAAUCUUUUCUACCCCCUUGAGUCCAUUUCUAGGGAGUGUCAUUUUUCUCACAUCAUACGCCAGACCAGUCAAGUUCUGGGAAAGAAAUUACAAGAGAAAAUUCAGGAGCCAGUCUGUUCAGACUCAUGCUGCUUUAAGUCAAAGACCCCCUCGCUCAAGUCAUUCUGGUCCAAUCUUAGAGAGUCAUCCCCACUUCAUCCAGACUUCCACUUCGGCUCAUGAAAUUUCCCCAAGACUUUCUGACAGCCAACUCUCCUUCCACAAUUCUGCAACUUCUGUGUUUUCCACAACUGCUGCCAUCCCUAUCUUGGGCCAACUAACGGUGCAGGAGCGAGCUGGGGCUGUGAUCAGGUCUAGCCUGGCCUCUUCCACUAGCUCCACUCUCAGCCUCUUGUUUGGUAAGAGAAGUUUUUCAAGUGCGCUGGUCAUUUCUGGGCUCUCUGCAGCUGAAGGAGGAAACACAACAGAUACCCAAUCAUCUAGUAGUGUUAACAUCGCAAUUGGGCCAUCCGCUAGAGCAGCAAACCGUAACAAGAAGGAGGCCAUACGGCAAUUGUCUGAUGAUUACGAAGCAACUGAUGCUGCUGAAUCCAGACAGCAAAGGGAUCGAGGAACCACUCACGCUUUCCUGAUAAGCCAUAUGGUGGAAUGCAGAAGGGCCAGCCAAGAAGACAUGGCUCUAGAAGACUCUGCUUCUCAACACAGCCUUUCUGAAGAGUAAAAAAAAGAAGAGACACACGGAAGGGAUAAUGCCUUAUAAAGCUGUUUUUUCAAAAAAAAAUUUAAAAUUGGGUUAGUUUGCCAGAGGAAUAAGUAAAACAAGCAAAAAUUAAAGGAUCUAUUUUUUUUACCCUUUCACAAAAAAGCCUUCCAUUAAAAAAAAUGUAGGAAGAUAAUAUCUCACUAAUAAUAUUUACUGCUGCCCACAUCACAGGUUACUGGAAUUCCAAAUCUGAUUUAAAAGAAAAUUGAUCUGGCCAUCUAUUGUCUGCAAAGGAACACUAGGCAGUAUUAUUGGGGUGGUUUGCAGGGAGGACUGUGGAGUGGGGGGCAGAUUACAUGUUUUGUACCAAGACUGAAAGCAAAAGAAAAUCUGAAUGCGGUUCAGUGAAAAAGCACAUCAACAUCUGUCUCUUGUCAUAACCAAAUAGAUGAUUGCAUGCUAAAUAAUUGGCUUUUUAUACAUAAUGCAUAAAAAAGGAUUGUUUGUAAUUGAAGCAAUGAAUAUGGAACAGGAAAGAAAGCUGCCUACUCUUUGAGAUUAGUAUGCGGAAUCUUUUUUUUAAAAAAAAAAGUCAGAGGAAAGCUGUCUUUGUUUGAAGUGUUACGCAGCUGACAAUUCUGUGCUGCAACAUAUUAAUUGUGGAGGUGGGUCCACUGCAUGCAGCCAUAAGGAAAUUGUCCAUAAAAGUGCCAGGCAACACACUGCUAUGAACCAAAUAGAGCCGAUGCAUGAAUAGCCUUCACAAAGCCAACAGUGCUCCUUAUUUGCAAACAAGUGCAGCUUUCUCUGUUGUUCAUCCUCACAACAAAACUCCAUGCCUUUUUCUGCAAUCGAGAAACUUAACAACUCGAAAUUGCUUUUGUGCUCUCUUACAUGAACAGACUUGUUGACUUUUUUUUUUGUAAUUAAAAACUUUACAAGUA